CAAAAGAACAGAAUUCUCAUUAACGUAUACCCUAUAAAUGUACAUUUGCCGCUAUCCACUGGCCUUCUAAAGAAGAAGGACGCCACAGCAAUAUCUUACGAAACUAGGGUUUUUUGAAGCUAGUGUUCUUGACGCCUAGUGCUUAUCACUCUUCGUCACUACAAUGAUUUACGACGUAAACUCACCCCUCUUCCGAUCCUUCCUCAGCCAGAAAGGCGGGGCAGCUGAUAAGAGGAAAGCUGAAGAGCAAAAGCCCAAGGAGCAGAAGCCAAAAGCCAGCGAGAACAAGCCUGUAAUGAACGAGUAACGGGAGUUGUUAGACAUGACUAUAUCUGGGAUGUGCCUUACUGAGUACAACAUGUAGGUUAUGGAGACAAUUUUAACUUUGUUCAAGCAAAUGCUGUUCUGGAUAUGGUAAGGAAUCGGUAUGAAUAUGAUUCAACAAUGUGGGGGAAACUCCGUUUUGGAACUUGUAAUCAAUUUUCCUCCGAUUGAAGAAUGAACAGUUUGGGUUUUGUUGUGAGCUUUAGUUUUUCAUCUUAGUAAAAAGAAUGAACUUUAGUUUCUAA